CCGCGCAGCCCCGCGCAGCCCCGGGGGCAGCCGCGGAGGGAGAGACCCCCCCCCCCCCGAACCCCCGAAGCCGGCGGAGGUUUCUCCUGCAGGAAAUGCCCAGCAGUAGAUAACAAACUCCAAAACUGCCUUCUGUCCCACCCUGGCCCCAUGAAGGAGGAUGGCAGCAGAGCAUCAUCCCUCUGCUCUCUCAUGCAGUAUGAAGCGGGACACUGAGGCUGAGGUGCAGGAGAGGCGUGAGGGCUCGCCGGCAGCAUGCCGCUGGUGAAGAGGAAUAUCGAGCCCCGGCACCUGUGCCGGGGGGCUCUUCCGGAGGGGGUGACGAGUGAGCUGGAAUGUGUCACCAACAGCACGCUGGCUGCCAUCAUCAAGCAGCUGGGCAGCCUCAGCAGGCACGCAGAGGACAUCUUCGGAGAGCUGUUCAAUGAAGCCAACAGCUUCUACAUGAGGAUGAACUCACUGCAGGAGAGGGUGGACCUGCUGGUCAUCAAGGUGACGCAGCUGGACUCCACGGUGGAGGAAGUUUCACUGCAGGACAUCAACAUGAGGAAAGCCUUCAAGAGCUCCACGGUGCAGAACCAACAGGUCGUGUCUCGCAAUUCUAUCCCCAACCCAGUAAUGGAGAUGUACCAGCGCUGCGACAAGCCCCCGCCACUCAACAUCCUCACACCCUACAGGGAUGACAAAAAGGAUGGCCUCAAAUUCUACACUGACCCCUCCUACUUCUUCAACUUAUGGAAGGAGAAAAUGUUGCAGGCAACAGAAGAUAAGAGAAAGGAGAAGCGCAGACAGAAGGAGCAGCGGCUGGUGGAAGACUCCACCCGGGAGGUGAAGAAAGUGAGGAAAGCCCGCAACCGGCGCCUGGAGUGGAACAUGAUGGCGUAUGAUAAAGAGUUCCGGCCCGAUAACAGGUUCUCACCAUCCCCCUAUCACAUGGCGUCAUCGGAAGGAUCACUGUCCCCAGAUAAUAGAUCUUACGCAUCGGAUGCAGCCGACCACUCAUACCCAGCGAGCCCCAACCACCCGGCACAGCUCCUGACACCAGCAUCCCACCAGCCCCCUGUGGAGCACAAGGAAGGGGUGCUGGUGGCUGCCCCCCCCCAGGAGCACGUCUACCGCCCGUCAGCGGGCAGCCGGCAGAACAGCCUCAACCGGCUCCAGCAGCCCCAUGUGCCGCAGCCCCCCGAGGCCAUCCUCAACGGGCCGAGACCUCACCUAGUCAAGGAGUACGGCCCGCAGCCAGUGCCCAUGGCAGAGUACUUCGUGCCGCCCGCCCCGCCGCCCCCCCCGCCCGUCAUCCCCUCGGCACAGACCGCCUUCGACAGCCCCAUCUCGGCUCCCCCCGCGCUGGCCCCCGGCUCCGCCGGCCCCCCGUCCUACGCACCCUCACCCCCUCCUGUGCCCCCCGGGCCCUACUCCGCCUCCCCGCCGCAGGCCGGCCCCAUGGGACCCCCGGUGGCACCCCCACCGCCGCCGCCGGGGCCCCCCGCUAUUGCCGCCUCACCGGCGCACUCGGCAUCGCCACCGGCUCCCACCAUGGAGCCUCGGAAGCCGCAGAUCCCGCUGAUGCCCAUGAGCGAUGCCCGGAGCGACCUGCUGGCGGCCAUCCGCAGGGGAAUCCAACUCCGGAAAGUCCAGGAGCAAUGGGAACAAGAGGCCAAAAAGGAGCCGGUGGGCAACGACGUGGCGACGAUCCUGUCCCGCCGGAUCGCAGUGGAGUACAGCGAGUCCGACGACGACUCGGAGCUGGAUGAUAACGAGUGGUCAGACUGAGGGGCCCCGGGGCUGGGCGGGCACGGAGCGUCCCAGCUCCGUACCAGGGGUGUGCAGGCACCUUCCCCAACCUCGAUGCCAACAAGCGCGGGCAGCCCCGCUCAUUCCGGAGCUUUGCUUUUACACUAUGUCAAAAACCCUUUGGGCAGCAGCAGCACUGGUAGGAUACAGCUCGGAGGCAGUGAGACCCGAAAUUAGCAGCACCUUCACGUUUUAAUGAUUGCUUUGAAGGCAGGAUUAAAUAGGAUUACUCCAGGUUUACACCUGGAGCAAGAGCAGAGACCAACCCUGAGUGUGCUUUGCUAGGGAAGGGAAACCCAGAGGCAGUAGUGCUUUGUCAGCUAGACAUCAAAUGUGUUAAUGGAAAGCUCCUGGAAAAGAAGCCUGUUUGCACAGCUGGUGCCACCAUGGGUGUGCAGGGGUGGCCAAGCGCUCGGUUUGGGGAUGCUCUGCUGCCUGCAUUUGCAGGAUCUGGCAGCUCCAAAGGCUGCAUGUGGGCAGGAGCCUCCUUCCCCAUAGAAUCAUUCAAUUAUAGAAUAGCUUGGGUUGGAAGGGCCCCAUCCAACCCCCUGCAGUGAGCAGGGACAUCUCCAACUAGGUCAGGUUGCCCAGAACCACAUCCAGCCUUGCCUUGAGUGUCUCCAGGGAUGGGGCAUCCACCAUCUCUCUGGGCAACCUGUUCCAAUAUUUUACCAUAUUUCAUAUAGGAAUGGUCACCAUUGUCCUGCUGCUCCCUGGAGAAGACCAAGGCAUUGGUGACCUGAGCCUGUUUCCAUCCUUUAGGAUUACUUUUUGGGGAGAAAAGGGUGAAGGCAAGGCUUGUGCAGCUGGCAGGGAAACACAGCACUUGUCUAGGCUUGGAAAGGUGCAAUGUGUGAUGUCCUCAGGGGAAAAGGGGCAGCUGGCAAGGGAGCAGAGGUGUCCAGGGAGCUUCCCCAAGCCCAGCUCUCCUUGGCCUUAGUGCUGCACCAUUUCAGUAUUAUUUGGGGAAAAAAUAAAUAGGCAAAAUGCUGCUUUUAGGUAAACUCUCAACUUGCACUUUGCAGCCCCAGAAACUGCACUUGUACAAUUGGGAUCAGCUCAGAUCCAGGCACUAGUUCCCACUGACCUGAUCCUGCCCCAUCCCUUACCUCACCAUUGGGCACUGAUGGGGGACCCCGGAGAGCUGCCCCCCCUUCAGCAUGGCACUGAAAAUACCACUUUGCUUGUCAAAAUAGAGCAUGAUUCAUUCAAGGCUUUUCACACAGCUAUGAAGAGGGGAGGCAAAGGCAGGCAGAGCAAAGGAGUGGGAAUACUGAGCAUAUCACAGUAU